AUGGUCCUUUCUCGCUGGAGGUACAGCACUAGCCUGCAGGGCUGGAGGGGUGCCCGGGUGUGGAUCCCUGACUGUGUCGAGGUCUGGAGGGUGGCGGAAAUAACCAGAGACUACAAGGAAGGAGAUGACAUACUCCAUCUCCGCCUGGAAGAUGGCUCGGCACUGGCCUACCCCAUCGAGUUCCAGCUGCCGCCUCUCUGCAACCCUGACUGCCUCUCAGGUGCCGAUGACCUGGUGGCCCUGAGCUACCUGCACGAGCCGGCCGUGCUGCACUCGCUACGCCGGCGCUUCCUGGAGGUCAACGCCAUCUACACCUACUGCGGUAUCAUCCUUGUCGCUAUCAACCCCUACAAGCCAUUGCCCAUCUAUGAGGAGGAGGUGAUUUACGCCUACAGUGGCCGUGAAAUGGGAGACAUGGAUCCCCACAUCUUUGCUUUGGCAGAGGAGGCGUACAAGCAGAUGGUGAGGUUUGGGAAGAACCAGUCCCUCAUCAUCAGUGGUGAGUCGGGUGCGGGGAAGACUGCAUCGGCCAAGUAUGCCAUGAGAUACUUCACCACCGUUGGGGGCUGUCUGGGCCACUCCAGCAUGGAGGAGAAGGUGCUGGCCUCCAGCCCCAUCAUGGAGGCCUUUGGGAACGCAAAGACAAUCAGGAAUGACAACAGUAGCCGCUUUGGGAAAUACAUCGAGAUUGGCUUCAGCCAAGCUCAUGUCACAGGGGCCAUCAUCAAAACCUACCUGCUGGAGAAGUCCCGUGUCACCUUCCAGGUGAAAGCAGAGAGGAACUACCACAUCUUCUACCAGCUCUGUGCCUCAGCCACCCUGCCUGAGCUCCAGGGCCUGGGUCUCCGUGGGGCAGAGUCCUUCCACUACACCUGCCAGGGCCAGUGCACCAUGGCCCAGGGCACCAAUGAUGCGGCCGACUUGGACAGCACACGGCAUGCCUUCUCUCUCCUGGGUGUCCCUGAGGCCAACCAGCUGGAGCUAUUCAGCAUCCUGGCUGCCAUCCUGCACCUGGGCAACAUUGUGGUCAGAGGGAGGGACCGCCGUGGGGAUGGCUGCUUCGUGGAGCCUGCCGAUGAGGCCCUAGGGCUGUUCUGCACACUGCUGGGCGUCGAGGCAUCGCAGGUGAUGCGCUGGCUCUGCCACCGCAAGCUGGUCACUGCUGGUGAGACCUACCUGAAGCCCCUCUCCAGGCAGCAGGCACUCAACUCCCAGGAUGCCCUGGCCAAGCAUAUGUAUGGGCAGGUCUUCAGGUGGAUAGUGAGCAGGGUCAACCGUGCCCUGCGGUCACUGGAGGGCCACCAUACCUCCAUUGGCAUCCUGGACAUUUACGGGUUUGAGAUGUUUGAGCAAAACAGCUUUGAGCAGUUCUGCAUCAACUAUGCCAACGAGAAGCUGCAGCAGCUCUUCAAUCUGCACGUCUUCAAGCUGGAGCAGGAGGAGUAUGUGACUGAGGAGAUCCCUUGGGUCUUUGUUGACUUCUGUGACAACCAACCAUGCAUUGAGCUCAUUGAGGGUCGGCUUGGCAUCCUGGACCUGCUGAAUGAGGAGUGCAAGAUGCCCCAAGGCAGUGAUAGGAGCUGGGCCCAGAAGCUUUACCAGACCCAUCUCAGCAGCUCCCACUUCCAGAAGCCCAAGAGGCCCACCGAUGCUUUCGUUGUCUGCCACUUCGCCGGCAAGGUGGAAUACCAGUGUGAUGGGUUUGUGGAGAAGAACAGGGACGCUGUCCCCGAGGAGCUGGUGGGGCUGCUGCGAGCCAGCAAGAAGUCUGCCCUGCUCGCUGAGCUCUUCCUGGAAGAAGGGGAUGGCCCCGUGUCCCUGCAGUCCCGCAGGUCCAGCGGGCCCAGGAUGGCUGGUCGCCCCAGCCGCAGAUCACUGCCUAGUAGCCAAAAGAGCAAGAAGUCCAUCUCCAGCCAGUUCAAAGCCUCCCUGAACCGGCUGAUGGAGACGCUGGGCAGCACCACACCGCACUACAUCCGCUGUAUCAAACCCAACGACGGCAAGCAGCCCUUUGUGUUUGACUCCAGGAGAGCAGUGGAGCAGCUACGAGCCUGCGGGGUCCUGGAGACCAUCCGGAUCAGUGCCUCAGGCUACCCCUCCAGGUGGACGUACCAGGAGUUCUUAGAGAGGUACAGGGCUCUGGUGAGCAGAGAGGAGCUGAUGGGCACCGACGAGAAGCAGAUCUGCAGCCUUGCCCUUGAGAGACUGCUCCAAGACCCCAGCAAGUACCAGUGUGGGAAGAGCAAGGUGUUUUUCCGAGCUGGCCAAGUGGCUUACCUGGAGGAUCUGCGGUACCGGCGGCUGAGGGCGGCUUGCACCCUGCUGCAGAGGCACCUGCGGGGCUGGCUGGCACGGAGGCGCUUUGGACGGGCACGUGCCGCAGCGGUCUGCCUGCAGCGCCAUGCCCGGGGCAUGUUGGCCCGGAGGUUCGCCAGGAUGCUGCGAAGGACCAGGGCUGCCGUGAUGCUGCAGAAGACCCUGAGGAUGGUUCUGGCCCGGCGCUCCUACCUACGUGUGCGCCAGGCUGUCAUCACCAUCCAAGCCUUUGCCCGGGGCAUGUUUGCCCGGCACCUUUACCAACAGAUGGUGUGGCACCAGAAAGCCGUGGUGAUCCAGGCUGCUGUCAGGGGCUGGCUGGCCCGGACCCGCUACUCCCGCCUGCGUGGGGCUGUCAUCUACCUGCAGUGCUGCUACCGCCGGGUGCAGGCACGCCGGGAGCUGCGGCGGCUGCGUGUUGAGGCACGCUCGGUCGAGCACUACAAGCAGCUGCACAAGGGCAUGGAGAUCAAGGUGAUACAGCUGCAGUGCAGGCUGGAUGAGCAGGCCCAGGAGAAGCAGCGGCUGGUGGAGCAGCUCUCGGGGCUGAAUGCUGCCCAUGCUGAGGAGGUGCAGUGCCUGCGGGCUGAGCUGCAGCAGCUCCAGGAGGAUGCGGCCCGUGACGCCCAGGUCCAGCAGCUGCAGGAGCGGCUGGCCGAGCUGGAGAGGCACAGCAUGAAGAGCUGCCUGGGCCAGGAGGUCGAGGAGCUCAGGCAGCGGUUGGCAGAGGUGGAAGCCAUGAAGCUGCAGCUAGGGGAGGAGAGGGAUGCCCUGGUCCAGCGCAUGUCGGAGCAGUCACAGGAUCUGGAAGAGCAGCACCAGCGUGCGGUGCAGGAGAGCCAGGGUCUGCUGCAGGAGCUGGAGGAGGAGCGGGCGCGCUACCAGAGCCUGGUGCAGGAGUACGCCCGCCUGGAGCAGGGCUAUGAGAACCUGCGGGAUGAGGUGGCCUUCCACAGGCAAAGCACUUUGAGACGGUCCCCUUCGUCAGAGAGCUUCUUGGGCUCUGAGAGCAGCUACUUGUCCUCCAUGUCCACAGCUCCCUCACGAGAUGGCUCCGACCAGCAGGCUGAGGGGCUGGAGGAGCGCUGGCAGCCGGUGCCAGAGGGGCUGCAGCCACAGCCCAGCGGUGAGGUGCUGCUGAACGGCGGCAUGGGCCAGGAUCCCUUUGAGAAGGCGUACCUUCUCCUCCUGGGGCAGCUCAACGCUGUCAACGAGGAGCUGGCCCGGACCCGGGAGGAGCUGCGGAGGUCCAAAGCCCCUGUGGAGCCAGAGGAGAGGAAACCAUUGGACUUCCUCAAGCGCAGGAACAUAGCUGAGAUGCUGGGGCUGGGCAGGAGCCCGGAGAGGGCGGCAGUCGAUGAUGACUUGAAGCAUGCAUAUGAUGCGGUACAAGUUGCCAAUAGGCUGCUGGCGAGUCAGCUGCAGGAGGAGAAGCAGCAGCAUGAGGAGGAGGUAGAAGGGCUGCACCUCAACAUCUACUCGCUCAAGCAGCUGAGCCAGCAGCAGGCAGCCCUCAUUCAUGACCUGCAGCGGGACCAGGGGCAGGAGGGGCUGCAGCACCAUGUCCUGCGGCUCAAGGAGGAGAACUGGGAGCUGGCCCAGAAGCUGGAGAAGCAGGAGAGGACCACACUGAAGCUCCAGAAGCAGCUGAGAGCCUAUGUGAAGCAGAUCCAGGAGCUCACAGGCAAGUUGAAGAGAGAGGCUACCGGGCCAGCACAGGAGUUGGCAGCGUCUGCUGUGGUCCUGUCCCGGUCCCCCAUGGUCCCAUCCCUGGCUGGACUGUCCCAGGCCAUGCUAGCAUGGAGGAUGGAGGACGAAGGGCGCAUUAUCAAGGCCAUCAUCACAGACUACAAACCACAGAGCAGCCCUGGGGCGCUCCCAGACCUGCCAGCCUAUGUCCUCUUCCUAUGCUUCCGGCAUGCAGACCACUGCUGUGAUGAGCCACGGGCUCGCUCGCUCCUGGAUGCAGCCAUCGAUGCCAUCAAAAGGGUCAUGAAGAAGCACAGUGAUGACUUUGACAUGGUGGUACUCUGGCUUGCCAACACCUGCCGGCUCCUGAACUGCCUGCGCCAGUACAGCCAGGAUGAGAGCUACUGGCAGGGGAACACGGCGCGGCAGAACAAGCAUCGCCUGCAGAAUGUGGACCCCCAGAGUUCCUGCCACAGCCUGGGUGCCCUGUCUGUCCAGCUCUACCAGCAGCUCAUCCGCACUGCUGAGAAGCGCCUCAAACCCAUGAUUGUUGCCGCAAUGCUGGAGAGUGAGCCCAUACAGGGCUUGUCCUCCUCCUGCCCUCCUGGCCACCGCCAGUCCUCGGCAGCCCCUGCCCACACCCUGCCUGAGCUGCUGCGCCAGCUGGGCUCCUUCCGUGCAGCGCUGGACCGCCAUGGGCUGGCGCCCAGUGUGGGGCACCAAGCUCUGCGCCAGCUCCUCUUCCUCAUCAGCGGCACCACCCUCAACUACCUGCUGCUGAGAAAAGACACGUGCUCCUGGAGCCGCGGCAUCCAGCUCAGGUACAACAUCAGUCAGCUCGAGCAGUGGCUGCGGGCAGAGGGGCUGCAGCAGAGUGGGGCCCGCGAGGUGCUGGAGCCCCUGGUCCAGGCUGCCCAGCUGCUACAGGUGAAGAAGGUGACAGAGGAGGACGCUGGAGCUCUCUGCAGCCUGUGCACAGUGCUGUCACCCCAGCAGGUUGUGAAGAUCCUCCGGGCUUACACUCCGGCUGUUGGGCUGGAGGAGCGCAUCAGUCCCAGCUUCAUCAGCAGCGUUGAGAAGCAGCUGCAGGACCAGUAUGGAGGGGGACCCAGCCAGCUCCUGGUGGACACCAGCCACCUCUUCCCUGUGCACCUGCCCUUCACCGCCUCCCCCCUGCACCUGGAUGAGCUCCGCAUCCCUGAUGCCCUUGACCUGGCCUUCCUUGUCCGCCUCUAA